UUCACUCAGCUACCCAAGAUGGCGGCAGCGUCAUCCAUCCAGCCGCCGAGCGUUCACUCUUCUCUUGCCGGGGACAGCACACUUUCCCCGGGGAUGGACAGCCCAGAGACCCGGCAGCCGGAGGACGAGGAGGCGGCGGCGGCCGCAGCGCAGCCGUCGGACUCUGAGAUGUGCCUCCGCGACCUGCCGGAGCUGGAGCCGGAGGAGAUCGAGAAGAGGCUGGCCAAAACUCGCCAGGAGCUGAGCAACAGGAGGAAAAUCCUCAUUAAGAAUCUGCCGCCUGACACCACUAACCAGGAAGUCCAUGAGAUCCUGAAAGAAUAUGAGCUGAAGUACUGCUUUGUGGACCGCAACAAGGGCACAGCCUUUGUGACUUUGCUGAACGGGGGCCAGGCUCAGGAUGCCAUCCGCUCCCUCCACCACAGCACUGUCCGGGGGCGCCUGAUCAAUGUCACGCUGCAGCCCACCGACUCCAUGCUCUGCCUCACCAACCUGCCCCACACCUUCACCGCCCAGCAGCUGGAGGAGAUGGUGCGCGCCUAUGGGAACAUUGAGCGCUCCUUCCUGGUGUACAGCCUGCUGACGGGCCACUCCAAAGGAUAUGGGUUUGUUGAAUACAUGAAGAAGGAUUCCGCUUCACGGGCCCGCUCGGAGCUGCUGGGCCGACCGAUAGAGGAUCGCUCAUUGAUGGUGCAGUGGAUGGACGUCAACCAGCUGGGCCAAGAGGAGAACCUCCACUCCAGGUGUCUGUGUAUCAACCGGCUGCCGCUGGACCUGUGUGACUCUGAGGAACUCACCCAGCUCUUCUCAAAAACAUACAAACCUGUCUUCUGUCAACUCGCUCAGGAUGAGGGCAGCCCCGUCCGAGGCUUUGGUGUGGUGGAGUACGAGAGCGCGGAGCAGGCAGAGGCCGUGCUGAUAGAGAUGGACCGAACUCUGGUGGGAGGACAGGAGGUCCGGCUGUCCCUCUGCAGCCCCGGCACCACAGGGAGAAGCACCCUGGCUGCACUCAUCGCCGCCCAGGGUAUGAUUCUGAGUAACAGGAAAGGUCUGCUACCAGAACCCAACAUAGCUCAGCUGUUGACCAGCAUGACGAACCCCGCUGCCCUGCAGAUCCUCAUGAGGCCGUACCACACCGGGAAAAGAGGAGGGAAAUACGGGCGUCACGCCAGCCUGCCGUUCCUCAGACCCCCUCUCACCACUGCUCUGCUCACACUGGGAAAAGCACACCAGAAUGCUUUGCUUGGUAAUGGACUUGUCCUCCAGAACCUUUUGCAUAUGCAGCUCGCACAGCAACAGCUUCUUCACAUCAAAGACAAACGCAUCAGCAGCGUCUCCAGUCUGCUCGGGGACCCGUCCCGGCUGCUGAUGCAGAAAGCGUUGUCUAUGCGGCCUCCAGGCCUGGUGCCGCUGGGAAAAGGCCUCCUGGGAGACUCUCCUACUGAGUUGGGCCAGGAGUCUACCCACAAUGCCUCAGUAGUGGUAUCUGCAGCAGGUGUGGUGCCAUACCUCCAGGGUCGAGCUGGAGAUCAAAACAGCAACCAUGCUAUCUCCACACACCCUUCUGCUUCCUUCUCCUGUGACAGGCAGCCCGCUCCCCCUGGGACCCUGGGCGGCUGCCACCCCCAGGGACAGGGCUACUCCCUGGGCAUCACUCACUCAGGCCUCGGCCCGCCUCCACCCAAACCUCCAGGAGGGGUUUAUACGUCAGCAGGCCAGCACAGCAGCUCAGAUGGCUGCCCCCUGGCUAGCAUGGCAAGCAAUGGCCAGGGCUCUCUGUUGGGUGAUCCUCCUAAAGAAGUCCGAAUGCCCUCCAAUCCCUACCUGAACCUGGCCAGUGUGAUGCCGGGAGUGGUUCUGCAAGGGUCAGUGGGGAGUAAAGCACAAGGAGGCCCGCCUGGCUCCGGGGUGUACGGCAGCCCGGUGGGCCCCGUGGUCUCCCAGGGGUCCGGCUCCUACUCCCACAGCGCCGCAGCUACAACCACAGCCCAAUACACCACAGAUACCUCCAAUGACUACAGCCAAUACAACCAGGCCUACACACAGGAGGCCAUGCAGCAGUGGUACCAGCACUACCAAGCACAAGCUCAGAGCUACAGCGCCGCCGCUCAGCAGAACAACACGGCCACAGACUACAGCAAGGAGCACACACAGGCUCCUCCAGUGACCACCUAUGGGGAUUACAACUCCUACAUGCAGGCUGUCACUCAGUACUACUCUCAGCCUGCUGCAGCCAGCCAGGCCUAUGUCAGCAAGGAGGUGGAUGUGUGUAAGCCUCUAGGAGUGUCUCUGCACGCAGUCAGUAACGGCGCCCCCCCUCCCACGGCCGUCCUGCCAGCUGCUGCCGUGCUCCCUGCCUACAGCACCCUGCCUUUAAUGCCCGGCUUCCUGGGGGCGCCACACCCUGCGGCCGCCGCACCCAGCCCCGUCACACACCCUGCAGCCCCCGACUGGAACACCUACUACUACAACCAGACACGGGGUCAUAAGAGGGAGUACCCUCAGCUGGCGGUGCAGGAAGUGACAGCAUCAGACGGCGCCUACAUCGGGCAGCACUCCCAGGGCCUUGGAGGGCAGUACGCUGACUACUUUAAGAGGAAGAGGCUCUAAAAUGAACCAAACCACCUUAAAGCCUAAAGCUUAUGGAGGGAAUCCGCUGGAUGCCACAGCUCCCUCUAGUGGCCUUUCUGUGGCUGCCAUUUUGCAUCCCAACAGUAGGUAUUGAGAAUUAGGGGUUGCAAAUGGCUCAAGUGAAAGUAAGCCAUAGUGCUCUUCUUUGAUCCUGGCACUUAUGUACACACACACACACACACACACACACACACACACACACACACACAC